UGCCAAAUGUAGGCACGCAGGAAGAAGGAGCGUGUGUUUUGUCUUGCAUUGCGCAGUGACUUGUCAUUGUGGACCUUUACUGUUUUGGAAAUGUAAAUGUUAUGCUUGUGAUGGGCGUGUUCUUGACCUGUAUAAAUAGAUGUGGCGAAAGGGCCACAUGCAUCAGAUCACAGGGAAGCAAGGUGGAUAUAAGACACGCGCGCAGUGGUAGCCUACUCGAGUUCUCUGCCACCUUCUUCAGCGAACAACGUGCCUUUUCGUCCAAUUUUACAGAACACAAAAAAUUGAAAUGCAGCCAGACAAGUUGCUGCAGGUCAGCAGAACCUCUUUCUCUGUAGCAGACAUCCUGGAUCCGUCUAAAUUCACUGGGAGACCAAGCAUUACUCAUCCAAACCAUGGUUCAAUUGAGACUGACGCAGCGAGAGGGACCCCAGAUGGGGCAGCCAUUCCUGAACGCCAAUCCAGAGUAGAAUUCCCAAGUGGUCCAGCAGCCAGCGAAUGCUCCACCACAGUGGAAUCAGCUAUGUCGUCGGUAGCGAGCGAGGCCCAUCCUGCAUCUGCGUUCCACUGUCUGGAGAGGUCAAAGGGCAAGUUGCGGCGGGUCCGGACAGCAUUCACCCUGGACCAACUACGCAUUCUAGAACAUAGUUUCCAUAGCAGCCACUACCUGUCUGUAUUUGAGCGUUAUGCUAUUGCUUCGACACUCUGUCUCACAGAGAACCAGGUGAAGAUCUGGUUCCAGAACCGACGCACCAAGUGGAAGAAAGAGUGUGAGGGGAAAGGGGUGCCUGAAGAGCAGCUCCAGUGUGGAGUCGGAUACCCCUCACCACCUCCUGUCUAUCCGACAACCCUGCCACUAUACAACACUAUGCAUUGUCACCAGGGACCACAGAUUCAACUAUUCACGCCACCAAGCUUCCUCGUUCCACAAUACCACCGUCAUCCGUAUUAAAUGAGAAAGGAUGUAGCCUGUUUGUAAGAGCUAACAUUGGUGUUUGUAAGGAGAUUGACGUCAGAGUUCACAGUUUAGAUACUAUAACCUGCUCUAUCAUAAAUGUAUUUGUGCAAUAUACUAUAGUCCACUGUAAAUGAAUGUAAGUAUUUAUAAUGAGUUACUAUUUAUGUGCUGUUUGAAAGCCAGUGGGAAAACUAUGCCAAGCUAUCCUGUAAUGUGCCAAAAGAUUAUUGCUGUGACAUGUUGACUGAUAGGCUUAUCUUUCUUACUGUUGAAAGCUUUGAAGUUAUUUUGAUACAUUGCCAUGCAUGAAGAUGACAUAUUUUUGUACUGUACAAUGAGUGUUCUUCCAAAUAAAAUAAGUAAAUCAA